CUAUCUCUUUUUGUAAUCCCACAGUUUUCUUCGAAACUUUUUAGCUCAAAGAAUGCUGGGUUUCUAUAGAUUUUCAAUGUUUAGCUUUCUCUGUUUCAUCAUCUUUAAAGCCGUGGCUUUGACCCAAGAAAGUGUGCAGCUCGAAAGGGAUCGAGCUGCAUUGCUUUCGUUCAAGUCUGGGAUUGUUUCAGAUGCACAGCAUGUUCUUGAUGAUUGGACAAGUUCUAUUCCUGUCUGUAACUGGUCAGGAAUCAAAUGCAACAAUGGUAGAGACCGAGUUGUGGAGCUUGAUCUUAGCGGAAGGUCACUCAGGGGAACCAUUUCGCCAUUUCUCGCUAACCUUUCUUCCUUAACUGUCCUUGAUUUAUCAAGAAAUUCUUUCCAAGGUGAUAUUCCUCCAAAAUUAGGCUUCCUUAUGCAACUGACAGAACUGAGCUUAUCAUCCAAUCUUCUUCAAGGAAACAUUCCUUCUGAAUUGGGUUUUCUUCACAAAUUGGUUUACCUCGAUUUGGGAAGCAAUCGGCUUAAUGGUCAGCUUCCAGACUCACUUUUCUGCAAUGGGUCAUCUUCUCUGCAAUACAUUGACCUUUCUAACAAUUCUCUUAGUGGUGAAAUCCCAUUAAAGAAUGAAUGUGAGCUUAAAGAACUGAGAUUUUUUCUCCUGUGGUCCAAUCGACUUGUGGGUCGUGUGCCUCCUGCUCUUUCAAACUCCUCCAAGCUUGAAUGGCUCGAUUUGGAGUCCAACAUGCUAACUGGGGAGUUGCCAUCUGAUAUAGUACGUAAAAUGCCGUUAUUACAGUUCCUUUACUUGUCCUAUAACGAUUUUGUGAGCCAUAAUGAUAACACCAACCUAGAACCCUUUUUCAAUUCUUUGGUUAAUUCCUCUAACUUCCAAGAACUAGAAUUAGCAGGAAACAAUCUUGGUGGGAAAAUACCUUAUAGUAUUGGUGAUCUUUCUACCAAUCUUGUACAAAUUCAUUUACAUGAGAAUCUCAUUUUUGGUUCAAUUCCUCCUCACAUCUCAAAACUUGUCAAUCUUACCCUUUUGAACUUGUCUAGUAACCUUUUGAAUGGGACAAUCCCGCCUGAACUAUGCCGAAUGGGAAAGCUAGAGAGGGUUCUCUUGUCAGAUAAUUCACUCUCUGGAGAGAUUCCAUCUGCUUUUGGUGACACUUCCCAUCUGGGUCUCCUUGAUUUGUCCAAAAACAAGCUUACUGGUUCAAUUCCAGAUAGUUUUGCUAAUCUUUCCCAGUUGAGAAGACUCUUGCUUUAUGAAAACCAGCUCUCAGGGACUAUACCUCCAAGUCUAGGAAAAUGUGUCAAUUUAGAGAUUCUUGAUCUUUCCCACAACCAAAUUUCAGGGGUACUUCCUCAUGAAAUUUCAGGAUUGAGAAGCUUGAAAUUAUACUUGAAUUUGUCUAGCAAUCAUUUAAGUGGACCGUUACCAAUGGAGUUGAGUAAAAUGGACAUGGUGCUUGCUAUUGAUCUAUCUUCCAACAAUCUCUCUGGGACUCUCCCUUCACAACUUGGAAAUUGCAUUGCACUUGAGUACCUUAACCUUUCUGGUAAUUUCUUACAGGGCCCCCUUCCGGUUUCCAUUGGAAAGUUGCCUUAUCUUGGACAAUUCGAUGUAUCGUCAAACCACUUAAUUGGUGAAAUACCACUAACCCUGCAGGCAUCUCCAACUCUAAAGCAUCUCAACUUCUCCUUCAACAACUUCUCAGGGAAUGUCUCAAACAAGGGAGCCUUUUCUUCUCUAAGCAUGGACUCUUUCCUGGGAAAUAGUGGCCUCUGCGGCUCGAUAAUUGGCAUGCCAAAUUGCAGGAAAAAACACCAUAUUCACCAUUUGUUUAUUGUGACAAUUCUCUUGUCACUCUUUGUUACUCCAAUUUUGUGCAUAUUUAUCUACCCUCUGAUACUCAGAUCGAACUUCCAAAGAAAAUUUGCAAUUUUCAACAAAGGGGAUUUAGAAGAAGGCAGUAAAAAUCUAAAGCACCCAACAAUCUCAUACCAGCAGCUAAUUAAUGCCACUGGAGGGUUCAGUCCUUCAAGCUUGAUUGGUUCAGGCAGGUUUGGGCAUGUCUAUAAGGGUGUUCUCCAAGACAAUACAAGAAUUGCAGUGAAGGUAUUGGAUUUGAAAGCAGCUGAAAUGAUUUCAGGAAGCUUUAAAAGAGAGUGUCAAAUUCUAAGGAAAACCAGGCACAGAAACUUGAUAAGGAUCAUUACAAUUUGCAGCAGGCCAGAUUUUAAGGCUCUUGUUCUGCCACUGAUGUCAAAUGGGAGCUUGGAUAGGCAUCUCUACCCUAGCCAUGGAUUAAACUGUGGACUGAAUUUAAUUCAGCUGGUGAGCAUCUGCAGCGAUGUAGCUGAAGGGAUGGCCUAUCUACACCACCAUUCUCCUGUCAGAGUUGUUCACUGUGAUCUCAAACCAAGCAAUAUUCUACUUGAUGAUGACUUAACGGCUUUGGUGACUGACUUUGGAAUUGCAAGGCUAAAUUCCAAUAAUAAUAGCAAUUUUGCUAAUGAUUCAACAUCUUUCAGCUCAACAGAAGGCUUGCUAUGUGGAUCUGUUGGCUAUAUAGCUCCUGAGUAUGGACUCGGAAGACCAGCUUCAACUCAGGGGGAUGUUUUCAGCUUUGGGGUACUUUUACUGGAAAUCAUAACAGGAAGACGCCCAACUGAUGUCCUUUUUCAACGAGGAUCAAGCUUGCAUGAAUGGGUAAAAAGUCAUUACCCAAGCAGGCUUGAACCCAUUGUUGAACAGGCUGUGGAUAGACAUGCUCCACCAACAUUCCCAAAGCAUCGAAACAAAGUAUGGGUCACUGUGAUCCUGGAGCUGAUUGAAUUGGGUCUCAUGUGCACUCAGUACAACCCUUCAACAAGACCAAGCAUGCAAGAUGUUGCCCAUGAAAUAGGGAGGUUGAAGGGGUAUAUCUCAAAUCCUUCAUUUCUUUUGUUGGAAGAAGAAGUUGACCAACCCAAAUGAUGCAUUUUGAUCUCGGGAAUAGUAUCUGUUUGAAUAAGUAGUUUGA